UCCAAUCAGGUAGGCAUGCUCAUCCAAUCACCACUUCAACUCGUGCGCAGUUACGAACAUACGUCUGUAGACGAACCGCGUGAGUGUGUACAAUAAAAACAAACUAAUUCUUGGAAAACCGCGCCUUUAUCGAUAGUUUCCGUCCUGUAUUUCGGACUAAACAGUGCUGUGUCUAGAUCUGUGUGUUUGUGAACUGUGUGAAUAUAAUAAAACUACUGGAUUUUUUUGCAUUCAAUAUCGGCGCUUGCAAAUCUGAGAUGUAAAACCGAGCUACAAAAAUAAAAACAAAACAUAACAACUAUGGGAAGUGCCAGAGUGUCAAACGCCAAACCAAUCCCAAUGGAGUCCACAGAUAAAAAAUCCUUUAAAACAAUCAUAAAAAACCUCUUCGGAAAGAAAAAGGAAAAACCAAAAAUCGAUAAAAAAGAGAAAAUAGAAGAGAAACCUGAAAUAAAGACAGAAGUCAAACCACCAAAAAAUACGAACACAGUUGCCGCCAUUUUGGAGAACCUCGAUAAAUUGCAUUUGGAGGACAAAAAGCCCGUUAAAGAGGAAUCCUCAGACAAUGAAGAUGACGAAUUAAAUAAUUUCGAAUUUAAAAUCAUUGAGGAGCCUUUCAAAGAGAGGAUACACUCCCAUUCUUCAGAAGACAGCGGCUUCUCCGACACUAAAGAGGCGGAGAAUGUCGAUAAACCUGAGAAUGAAGACAAAGCGGAGAAGGAUGAGCAAGCCGAGGAUCUGGCGGAGGAAUUGGAGAAGUUGGGGCUAGAUGAAGACAGUAAGAAGAAGAAGAAGAAGCAGACAGUUUGUAUUUCGCGAGGGCCUAUUAAGAAUAAGUUGACGAACUACUCUUCGGUGUUGCCUUACCCUGCACAGGAUCAAGAUUACAAGAUAAAUCAAAUUACAACUACAAACAAGCACACAUUAUCCGGCGGCCAGGUGUUAGUGAACCAAUGCCAGACUACAGACAACUUUUCCGAGGUCAAACAGGCCUUAGAAACUGUACAAAAAAACUCACAAUACCUACAAAAUGACAGAGAAACAUACCUAGAAGAUGUUAUGGAACUAAUAAAGGAAGAAACAAACAGUAAAUCGAUACCUAAGGUAAUUGUAACACCGGAAUACGAUUACCAGCCCUCAAAUAUCGAUUACACGCAAAAGAAAUCGGUAACAAACACCUAUCUUACCGAUUAUGCAGAAAAAUCGGUUCAGCAUAACGAAUUGAUGCAGUUGUUGAACGAAAACUAUGACUUUUCACCUGAAAUGCCUCAAAAUAAUGGUAUGGGAAGCUUCGGCCACGAAGAGAUCACUCAGAUCAUGAAUUACGUUCAGAAUGAAUACAGCAACACUUCAAAUGACGCUUAUGUCACAACGGACUACACUUUCCCUACUCCCCCAAGGUCAGAAGCUGUUCCGAGCCCAAUGUCAGCAUCCCCAGGGUCAUUUUACCCCACAAAUUCAGAAUACACACUAUCCCCCGAAAGGUCCCCUAUCUACAACAGCGAUUAUGAAAAAUACCAAGAAAUCCCCCAUUUUGAGGAGGAAAAAGAAAGCACCGACAAGAAAUCGCGGGAAAGGACCGCCUCUAUGUCGUCUAUGACUUUAAAACAGUUCAAAGAUAUGCAGAAAGAUAUUGUUUACAACUUUUCUAAGAAAGAUUGUUGUCAAGUAACGAGAAAGAGUUGUCAGGAAAUAUUCCAGGAACAUUUGCAAAGGGUUGAAGAAGGCGUUAGGAAGAACAUGUGCCUGGAAAUGUCUAAACGGGAUCUGAAAGAAGUUUAUGGUGUUCUCCACCAUAUAAUAUUGAGUUUAUCGACUACCUCUGACAAGGAGGACAUGCAGUACGGACUCUUCGCUCUCAUAUGCGACAGAUUGCUGGCUCAGAACCCUGCUCUGUUCGUCGGUGAUGCAGGCCUAAGUCUUCUGAAGUCAGCAGCGCUGCGGUGUCCUCACCGGCCGAUCCUCACGCGAUACCUGGUGCAGUGCAUCCGAGCCGCCAUUAAGAGCGACCCCACUGUGCUAACUACUAAGGAGUUUGUGUUUCAUGAGGUGGACGCUCUAGGUGACAACUUGGUGACGGCCUGCGCUCGCGCCGGCGACCGCUGCGCCGACGUGCUGAGCGAGCUGCUGCGUCCCAGCGACGCACAGCCGCCGCUCUUCCGUCCGAACCACACCAACGCUGAUGGUUAUACAGCGUUGCAUGUGGCGAGCAGUCAGCACAGCGCGGCUCGCUCGCGCCUGCACACGGCGCACGUGCUCAUCGUGCACGGCGGCUUAGAGAUCACUGAGGGGGAUCUAAAAGGUGGUGACACAGCUCUCCACUUAGCCGUAAACUCCCCGAACUGCGACCUUCAGAUGAUCCUCAUGAUGUUCAAGCAGUUCGAGCGCAAGGACUGGAGGAUGUUGGCGCAUUAUCCUAAUCUCAGCACGAAAACGCCCCUGGAUCUCGCUCGCUUGGCUACAAAAUCGUCGACCAGACAGAACUACCCCAUCGAAGUGCUGGAAUUCCUCAAAAAAUGCCGCUAAACGUACAACAUUUACAGAAAAUAACAUAAAAGUAGUGCCUUAUAGGAUUCAAAAAAUGAGUUACAAUAAUUUUGUAGUUUUGCAAUGUUAUACACAACUUUAUGAAGACAGAAAUUUGAGUAGGCAUUUAACUGAAAAUAGUGACUUUUUAUUAUAAAACACAGCCUUAAAAUUGUCAAAACAAUAAUAAUGAUUUAUAAAUCAAUUGGAUCAUUACUUUAAGCAGUAGCUUAUUUGUUUAAUAUGUAUUUCUGUAAAAAGUCCUAUCAAAAUAGUUAAGUUUAAAUGCCUAUUCAAAUAGUGUUUUUGCUGUUUAAAAAUCUUACCACUCUUUUCGGGAGUCGGUUAAAAGUGGUCUGUUUUGGGGUAGUUUCAUGCAGACAGAUUGACAAAGUAUAUCUGAAAAUUCAGACUGGAUAAAUGUUACGAACCUUCGACUAGGUUUUCGCUGAGAAAACCUAAAUUUUCGAAGUUUACACAAAGUAACUGGAAAUAGAACGAAUGAAAGUUUAAUGAGGAUUUUCUGAUUGUAUUGAAAAAGAUUUCUGGAGUUGGAACUCUUUUGUAUGGUCUUAGACAUAGAGUUUACACACAUAUUAGGUGUCUGGAAACCUAAAAACACAUGACAAUGAAAAAAAAAACGUAUUGAAACUUUCGUAUUCUAAAACGUUGACGUAAACCUUACGUAUGUUUUUUGAGUUAGUUGUUCGAGGUAUUUCUCGAAGCGACACCUUUUGAGGUGCACUUUAAUACCUCGGAGUGCACCUUUUAGUAGCGCUAAUAACAAUUACUACUAGAAGAUGCCUCAUCAGGCUCGGUGCACCUCAAAACGGUGGCACUUCGAGAAAUACCUCAUUUUUUAACACACAUAUGACAAAAGAAAGAAUUUGGAAUGAAAUAAAUCCCAAAAAAUCAAUCAUAAAUUCACAAAGGAAUGGAAUAUUAAAAAAAUACCAUUAAUGAUAAGUUUCGAAAAUGACAAAUUCGCUCGCAAAAUCGAAAAAAAUGAGCUUGAAUAUAUUCUAUGACGGAAAAUGAAAUUGUAUAUAUUAAAAUUUAAUGAUAAAAGUAUAUUUUUGAUAGAUACGAGUAUAUAUUAUUACGUAUUUUGAGAAACUGGUUGUGCGUUUAAGGAAUCGUUAUUUUUGUUAGGAUUAAAGUUUUAGCGUUUACGAUAUUAUUUCGCGCCAUUUCUAUGAUUGGAUACCUAAAUAUUUUGAAAAUUAUUUUUUAUUUCGAACUUUUGAACAUUACUUACAUAAAAUUCAAAGUUAUCCAUCUAAAACGAAAUUAUUUUUGGCCUAAUGAUUAAAAAAAUAUGUCAAACUGGUUUUUGGGCGCGAAAAUAAAAGUUUUAUAGGUUAUUAAUUUUAGAAUUAACUUUGCGAUCAAUUAAUAAGUAUUAAAUAUAUUUUUAUUAAGUCAUUUUUACAAUGUUUUUAAUCAAUAAGAAAAAACCUAACCAAGGGACAAGAAUGAAAAUGGCGAAUCUGAAAUGAGAGUUUAAAAAUAAUGUAAUAAUGACCUAAAAUUCUUCAGUCAUAAAUAAUAUCUAUACAUAUUGGUACCAUUUAUUUUUAAUUUUGUUAUACUUAGAAUUAAAAAUAAUGUUAAUUACGACCUGGGGCUUACUAUCAUAACUAAAUAAUAUGAAAAAAUACCUUUGCACGACUAAUUUUUGGUGGAAUCCUACCUUUUUACGUCACGAAAUUAAAAAGUUAUCGAGAUUAUAGUAAGCCCAAUUCUGACGCUUUGAUUUCAAGAAAAAAGUUCUAAAUUGACUUUCCUAAACUGUGAUUUAAUAGGAAUAAGAUCAAGCGUCAGAAAAUAGGUUUUUUUAGAUAUUAAGCUGUGGCUUAGAUUAGGGCCUUUUAUUUUAGUGGUUCGUACUGAGCUGGUAAACAGUACGUCUAGAAUACGACUAUUGUAUUGUCAUCAGAACUACAUACAGCUGGCAAUUUUCAUGACGCUACAAUCCUUGGAAGAUGGUCUUAGUUACCUUAGAUUCCAUUACAUAGUUACAUACAGGUCGACCUAAUGAAAGCGUGUUAAAAAUCAUUGUAGGAUAUAUUAGGCGUACUGUAGUUCGUAGCAACUGGUAAAGAGCAUAAAGUUUGACAUAAUAAAUGUUUUAGUGUUUUAUACUGAAACAAACGUUACAAUUAUGAAUAACAUAGAUGAUAACCAUUUUAUUAAAAUAACAAUUUAGUUUUUAAGAGUACGUAGUGUUAAGUUUUCAAUUUGUUUUGUUUACACAAGUUAUAUAUGUAUCAAUAAAAAGCAGACGAAAAAGAAGCACGAAUAUUAUGUAUUUCUGUAUAUAUUUCAAAAAAUACUGGUGUCACAGUGUUGUCAAAAUUAAUAAAUAUGUGCUUUGUCGAACUUUGUUGUACAUCAUUUGAAUAAAAAAUGAUUUUCGUUUUACACAAAAAUGCAAUUUUAUGUCUGCUGUGAGAGCAAUGUGAAAUUUUAUAAUUUUAUGAUCUCUAUUUUUGUCAUUUGUCAAGAUAAAUAAAAGUAUAUGCAUACGAAAAACAAA